CGCGCUUCGCGGCGCGUUAUUCGGUUUCGUGCCGCAGCUGCGUUCAUACAAGAGAUCGGCCGCGUUCCGGAAACCAUGCUCGAAGUGACCACGCGCCCGGAAAAAUCCGGACUCUAUUGAAAUUGAAAUUUUAAAUAAGCGGCGAGCUGAAAUAGUGAAGCUUUCCGGGUUUGGUGAUUGUACUAGUGUGGGAUUUAGUAAGAAUUUUUCGUCGACCACGUGGACUACCCUGUGCUCGCCACAACGCUGGAACAUUUAAAGCCUAUCGUGGCUUCUAUCAACACCCUUAUUGGAAACUGUGAGAAUAUGGAGGCUACUUAUUGCGUCGGCAGCGAUGUAGAUGUGUGCAGGAUGUUUGAUCAGUAUUUGUACAAGAGAUCCGAAAACGUGGACUUGUCUCUGAGCAUACCCCAGUCCAACUUCCAAUCCAACGGCUACGACAUGGGCGACCAGACGUUUCAUACGCCGAGUUUCGGCGACGAAGACUUCGACAUUCCGGCGAUAAAUCCGCAGCAGCAGCAGCAGCAGCAGCAACAGCAGCAGCAACAGCAGCACACCGACCAGCAGCAGCACUACCAACAGCAGCCAAUGCAAGGCAUGCAACAAAUGAACCAACAAAUGAACCAACAGCAGGACGCAAUGGGCAUGCACGACCCAACGGGUGGCUACCAACAGCCGUUGUAUCUCGCAGGUCCCGAUCACGGGAUGGUCAAUCCGUCCUAUCACAGUCCACAGCCGAAUUACUCGAUGAGUCCUAGCCAACAACAACAGCACAACAAUCAACUGUUGAUGAUACAGCAACAACAACAGCAGCAACAUCAGCAGAUGAUGAUGAAUCAUGGACAACCUCCACCGGGAGCCAUGAAUCAGUACGGGACGUCGCCACAACAUCCCCAAGGAAGGGGCAACAGCCCGCCGGCCCCUGGACAGGAACCCACCACCAGCGAGGACAGCGACGACAGCGCCCCGCACACGGCUAUGAUGACUGCGAUGAAGCGGCCGUCGCCCGAACCCGCGGACCAAACGUUAACGAAAACGCAGAAAAAGCCCAAAGUGCAGAAGAAGAAAAAGAAGCGGGACCCCAACGAGCCCCAAAAACCCGUCUCGGCUUACGCCUUGUUCUUCCGUGAUACGCAAGCGGCCAUCAAGGGACAAAACCCGAACGCGAGUUUCGGGGAAGUCUCGAAAAUCGUUGCUUCCAUGUGGGACGCUUUGGACUCGGAACAUAAAAACGUGUAUAAAAAGAAGACCGAAGCGGCCAAGAAAGAAUACCUGAAAGCGCUCGCCGCCUACCGGGCCAGUUUAGUGUCGAAAGGCGCCGGCGAGGGCGACGGCAUGUACGGCAACUACGGCAGUUACAACGCCGGCGCCCCCCAAUACGGGGGCUACACCCCGCAAGGCGCCAUCCCGUCGCCCCCCAUGUCCUCAGCGGCGACGCCGCCCACCCAGCAGCCCCCCAUCGGCAAGAAGCCGGCCAUGAUGUCGCAACAGCAACAGCAACAACAGCACCAAAACAUGAUGCAGUCGCCAAUGGGCCAAGUGCACAUGCAGCACAUGCAGCAACAGCACAACAGCUACAUGCAACAGGUUCCUCAACAGCAGCACAUGCCCGUGUCGCCGCAGCAGCCGCACAUGCAGCAGCACGUCAGUCCGCCCCCGAUGGUCUCGAGUUCGCCGCCCGUCUCGGCGGCGGCGCCGCCCCCGGCCACCGCCGCCCAGCAGGCCCAAGGACAGAUGAGACCCCCCAACUCGUGUAUACGGCACGGCUGCCCCAACCCGGCCAUCAACAACGCCGAGUGGGAGGACGAGUACUGCAGUAAUGAGUGCGUCGUGAGCCAUUGCCGGGAUGUAUUCACAAACUGGGUAGCGAACAACAAGAACCAAUCACAAAAUUUUUCGACAGUUAAAUAAAUUGUAGACGUAGGGAUUGUUGCAAGUUCGAGUUAAGCAAUACUGAGAGGAACAGAUAGGAUAUUUAAGUUUGUAAUCGGUCCGAGUGCUGUACUGAUAAAAUGAUGUGUAAUAGUGAGAGGCUAGGUUAAGCUUGUAAAUAAAAUGAUAAUCAUUUAGAGAGUGAGAUUGUAUUGUGGGAAGCAAUAGGAGCAAUACGAUUUCAUGAAAUAGGUAUACAAUACAAGACAUUGUAAUCCUAGCAUAUACACGUUGUAUAUUAAUUAUUGAGGAAAAUUUGUUAAUUCAUGCUCUGUAAAUGCAUGUCCCUUUGGAAAUAGUAGUUAGAUAUGUCCAAAGUACAUAAGAAAACUAUAUAAAAGGAAAACUAUUUUAGUUCAUAGUUAGGUCUUUGUUGUUACGGAACGUUCCCCAUCCCCGGCGUGGCUGAACGAGAGAGAGAGUAUAAAUAAUCGUGUUCUCUGUUCCUUGUACUGAAUUCCUUUUAUUUGGAUCUGACCGAUCAUAGUUUGUAGUGUACAAUUAUUUUUAUAUCAUUGACCAAUCAAAGUUACGCUUUUUUGUCGAUGUAUAUAAAUUGCAGUUGUUAUUUUAUUGUUAUUGAUGUAAUAAGCAAGCAAUUCGGUUGCGUCAACAUCCCUAGUAUUAAAUACGUGGUGAAGGAUGUAUAUUUGUGAAUAUUAUGAACGACUUGUUGAGAUUCGAACUGUUUGAAGCAGUGAUAUUGUUAAUGCGUUUUUAUUUCCUUCCCGACUGUUUGAGACAGUUUGAACUGUGAGAACUGUAUUAUAAUACGUUUAGGUAAAUGCAUAUUACGACUUCAAUACUUGGUUCUCAUCGUUCCUUUGGUUGUUUCGCGGAACAAUCGGCGAUCGUUCGUUCGUUCAUCGUUGGGUCGACGGAUAUCAAAAUCACGACUAUUCCAAUCCUUAUCUCUACAUGAGCUUUAAAAUUAUUAAGUACAAUUUAUGUUUCACUAUUACAUUGUAAAUAUCAUAUUUUAUCCUGACAAGCACACCUUAUACUAUGUAAUCAAUUAAUAUUUAAAAUAAAUGAAUAGAUUCUAA